CCAUGUUAGAUUGAUCACCGGGAAGUAGGAGGAAGGUGAAGAGAGGAGAACGAGCAGUAGAAUCUAUAUCACUAGAUCUUGACUCUCUAGAUCUAGAUGGUUGUAAGGAUAUAUUGAAAAUAGCCACGGGUGAUUUCUAGCCAUGAGCUGGGGAACUGAAUUAUGGGAUCGUUGGGAUGAAGUGAGUGUACAUACCCAAAAGGGAAUAGACUUCUGCGAAAAGUACAUUCACUUUUUGAAAGAACGAAAUGCUGUAGAGUUGGAAUAUGCUAGCAAACUCAAGAGGCUGGUCAAAAAUUUUCAGCCCAAGAAAAAGGAAGAGGAUGAAUUUUCAUAUACCUGGUCCAAAGCUUUCGUGGACAUGCUGAAAGAAGUCUUUGAUAUGGCAAGUCAGCAUGAAGUAGUGGCAGAGAACCUCCAAGCAUCAGUUAGUAAAAAUUUGGUUGAUUUGACACUAGAGCUCAAGACUGAUAGGAAGAAGUAUCUGCAAGAAGGCGCAAGACUUCAAGAAAAUUUGCGACAAUCAUUACAGACUUUGGAAAAGGCUAAAAGGAAAUAUAAAAAUGCUCAUUUAGAAUCUGAAAAAGCUUUAGAUAACUACAGAAAGGCUGAUGCCGAUAUUAAUUUGUCUCGAGCUGAAGUGGAAAAGUAUCGUAUCAUCAUGAAUGGUAAAGUUCAACAAAAUGAAGAAUGUAAAAGUGAUUAUGCCAAUCAAGUACAACAAUAUAACAAUGCCCAGCACAUCUUCUAUACACAGACCAUGCCUCAGGUCUUUCAGUGUCUACAAGAUAUGGAUGAGAAGAGGAUCAACAAAAUUCAAGAAAGUGUAUUUAUGUGUGCUGAGAUAGAGAAGAAUGUCAUCCCCAUCAUCAACACGUGUAUAGAAGGAAUAGCUAGAGCAGCUGGUAACAUCAGUCCAACACAUGAUAGUAAAUCAGUAAUAGAACGUUACAAAUCUGGGUUUCCAAUUCCUGAUGAUCUCCCUUUUGAAGACAUGAGUGGCUCAGGCCAGCAAAUGGAGUCAAACAGCAACACUCUUCCCUCUAGAAUCACAUCACCGUCCAAUACAGUCAACAAGAGUGCCACAUUAUCUGGGAAAUCCAAGAAGAGAGGAGGGAUAUUUGGUCUCUUUGGCUCUUCUAAGGGUGAUGAACAGAGAGAAGACUUUAGUGACUUACCACCUUCACAGAGGCGGCGAAAAUUACAGACCAAAAUUGAUGCUAUCAAGAAAGAAAUGCACAAAGAACAGCAAGAAAGGGAAGGGAUAAUGAAAUUGAAAGAUGUUUAUGCCAGUAAUCCAGCUCUAGGAGAUCCCAGUACAUUAGACAAAAAAAUUGAAGAAAAUUCCCAAAAAUUGGAUGCACUUAGGCAAGAGCUGCUCAAGUAUGAGGGUUACAUGAAAGAGGUAGAUGGUAAGAGUAACAGGAGACAUAGUGCAUCAGAAGACAGCCAUUCACUGAGUACAUCUGGCAGUGGAGACACACCACACAUACAGCAAGUGUCUGCCCCUGGCACACCACAGAACCAGCAUAAUGUUUACCAACCAAUAGAUGGUGAUGAAGAUGGAGAAGAUGAUUUUGAUAAUUUCCCUGUGAUAGGUCGAUGUAGAGCUUUAUAUGCAUUUGAAGCCAUCAAUGAAGGCUCUGUACACAUGUAUGAGAAUGAAGACAUGCAGAUAUUGGAGCAGGACCAGGGGGACGGCUGGACAAGAGUGCGCAAAGCUGAUGGCACUGAAGGCUUUGUUCCCACAUCCUACAUAGAAUGUCAUUAUUAUGAUGGGGAUCAAGUGUAGCACUAAUCUAGAGUGACAGGUGUGUGGGUGUGUGUGAGAGAGACUGGUUUGAUGUGAUUUUAUUAUGUCAUUUUUUAAAACUCAAAGUUGUCAUUUUUGUUGUUGUCAAUAUCCAAAUGUUUUGCCAGCUUUAUAUAAACAUAACUAGGUCUUGUGAAGAGAGAGAAUGUUUUACAAGUGUAACAUUGCAGUAGACAUUUUUUCUUACUUUAUUGUUGGGGGCUCAUUCUGUUAAUAAAUAUCUUGAAUCAUUUGCUUAGCUUUGGUCUCUUCAAAAGGAAAAAAAAAAAUAUUUCUGUUAAAAUGUGGACCUAAAAAAAAUAUAUUAAUUUUUUCACUGAAGGUAAGAUAGUCUGUAAAAUUCAUUUAGAAAGACAUUGAAUUAGUUGUCUACUCUGUCACAUAAGUAGAAGCACGUUUUUACUUAAGAAUUGUCUAUUAGGUUGUGUGGUUGAAUUGCUAAACCACAAAUAAUGCAUGUGUUGUCUGGUGACACAUCAACAGAUAUUCUAGUCUCAUUUUGGCCAUUGUCCUAAUACACCAGUUGUGUCCUCAUGGAUAAUGUUGUCGUGUGCUUACCAGGUCAUUGGCUACACAGCUCAUCCUCAUUUUGGUCAUUCAUCAUGU